GAGAGAGAGAGAGAGAGAGAGAGAGGUGCUGUUUACAUAGUAAUACACAAGUCCUGAGCCAAAGUCAAACGAGAAAGAACUUGUUCGGAAGGAUGGUGUCAUUCCUUUUCCAGACUGAAAAGCACAGGGGGAGGGUCUAAUAACUGGAGAGGGGAAGAGAGAAAGAGAAGUUACCAUUACAGUCAACUCUUACUCAGCCUGGACCAAGAGAAAAAGAAGAACAAAAGGAAGAAGGGGGAAGAAAAGAAAAGGGGACAUCCACAUUACAGCUGCAUUAACAGGAUAAACAAUCAAAAUGGAAGACUCAAGCAGCAGCAAGCCUUUCAUGGUGACGUCCUCGAUAAACUUCAAAGUCACCACUCCAUCCUUUUACAACCAGCCAAAAAAGUUUGCCUCUGUGGCACCACCACGGCCUAAAAGUCUGACCCCACCCUCAGCUCCAUCACCAACACCAGUUGGCACAGGUGUGAUUGGUCGAGUAGGAGAUCUGCCACCGCCGCCGCCUUCGCUCUGUGAUGAAUUUCCGCCCCCUCCCCCUCCACCACUGGAUGAUGAGUUACCAGCCCCUCCCCCUGAAUGCCAAACCGUACCCUCUUCCUCUGAUGCCUUCCCUCCUGCCUUCCCCGCUCCACCUUCAGUAGCUGAUGACCUUCCUCUCCCAGCUCCCCCCGAAGAGAGUGCCUGUCCACCCACCUCUCCCUCUCCCCCUCCGCCCCCACCCCCACCCCCACCCCCUCCACCUGCACCUGCUUCCAGUACCAGUGCUCCCAAUCCUGCUGUCAACCCACAGAGACUGAUGGAGAAGCAGACGAGCUUUGAUAGACAGCUGGACUCUCUAACCGACUUAUUGUCUGAGAUGGAGACCAGGGGACCUUUCAACCCCAAGUUACCAAGCCAGUAUUCUUCAGCACCAGCACCCAAGCCUUCAGCUCCUCCCCCAACUGCUCCUAAACCAGUUCUCUCCUUCCUCCCACCCCCUGAAAUGGGAGACCGCCCGCCUCCAGCACCCUGGGCAGAAGAACUGAAAGCCAGAACGAACCGACAAGCCAAUCACAACUCUGGACCAAACGCCGCUGCUCAGACGUUCGCCAAGGCCCCGGCCGUGGCUCCCAAGUCUGGUUUCGGAGGGAGGCUGACGACAUCUUCGGCCUCUCUGGCACAAAAACUGAACCAGAACCUGAACCAGUCCACAACCCCAGUCACUGGUACACCAAGACCAGCACCUCCCUCUGCCACCAGCUCUUUCCCUCCAGUUCCCACAGCUCCGCCGGCUGCACCUCCUGCUCAACCAAACAAUAUGGCGGCUGCUCCGGCCUUGAAUCAAAUAAAGAGUUCUCCUUUUGUUGGUCAGGUGAAUGCGAACCAAAACCAUCCUGCAGCUGUGCCUCCUCCUGCUCAGCCCAAGACAAUAGUAUCUCCCCCCUCCUCUUUUAGCCAGCCGAUGAAAACUCCUCCUUCAUCAACACAGCCCUCACCGCCUGGACCAAUUGCUAUCCCCGGUGGAGGUGUUCCUCUGAACAUGAGGGAAGUGGAGGAGCUAGAGAGAAUGACAAAGGACUUCAUAAAAGACAUGGACACACAUGCACCCGUCAUCACCUCCCCUCCCACAGAGGUCUGUGGGAAAUGUGGCGAAGCUCUAUCUCGAACACAGCCAGCAGUCAGAGCCAUGGAUAAACUCUUCCACUCCAACUGCUUCUGUUGCAUGAGCUGUCAUCGCCCCCUGCAGGGCAUGCAGUUCUAUGACAGGGAUGGAGCACCUCAGUGUGAGGACUGCUAUGUGAGUUCCCUGGCGGUGUGUUCCCGAUGUGGGGAGAAGAUAACUGACCGUGUGCUGAAGGCGGUGGGCCAGUGUUUCCACGCCCACUGUUUCCGCUGCAGCACCUGCUCCUGUGUACUAGAGGGGGCGCCCUUCAUAACUGAUGACAACAAUAACCCUUAUUGUGUCCAGGAUUACCACAGGCGUUUCUCCCCUCUGUGUGUGAGCUGUAAUGAACCCAUCAUUCCAGCACCAGGUAGCGAGGAGACAGUGAGAGUGGUGGCUCUCGACAAGAACUUUCACCUAAAGUGUUACCGCUGUGAGGAUUGCGCUCGUCCUCUCUCCAUAGAGGCAGAUGAAAAUGGCUGCUACCCACUGGAUGGUAAGAUCCUGUGUAUGAAGUGCCAUACCCAGCGAGCCAAGCAAGCAGCAAAGUGAUUGGCUGAUGCAGCAUGUCACAGAUUAACUAUGAACCAAAUCUAAAAGCACAGGAUUCAUUUAGCUGCCGUUUUGCCUUUGCAACAGGGCUUUAUUCAGUAUAUGUGUGCAGGCGUGAGGGUGAAUGUGCUGUGUGAAAAGAUUUGUUUGCAUGCAGAUUCAGUGUAGUAUUCCCCUGUCUCUGUUCACUUCAGUGCAGAAGUAAUGUACUGCAUUGAAAUCAACUCCACUCAACUUUUACUCCAAGUCCCUCUCUCUCUUAUCCCUCAUCCAGCCCUCUUUGUGUAAUAGAACGUAGUUUUUGUGCCAAUUCCAUGUUUACGCUAAAAUUUAGAGCAAAACUUGCACACAUACAGUUUGUUCAAAAGAACAGUCUGGUGAAUAUAAAGUUGCCUUUUUUUUAUCUCCUCAAUAUUUUUUGUAGCAACAAAACUGAUAUUGAUCUCAAAACAUUCACUGAAUGGUCUCUGUGAGCAUUGUGACUACACUGAGACAGAUAGUUACCACAGGGAGACGAGUACCAGGGACCUACAAUUUGAGCAUUUUGCAGAUUAACCACUCUGGUUGGCUGUAAGUAGAAAAUAUCUCAGAACUUUGGCAGUUGUUGUGCCUGCAAGCAUGGUAGCAGCUAUGAUGCAUUCUUAGCAAAAAAAAGUGCUUCAUGUCAGCCAAUCUGCUCAGAUAGCUAUUUUAAGUAAUCUAUGGCUAUAUGUUGACUGCAAACAUGAAGAAAACAGUGAAUGUUGCUCCAAGUUGAAUCGUGAUGUGAAUCUGUGUAUUUACAGGCAUGCCUUGAUGUAUGUCUCGUUUCUCUCUUAUUUGAUCAAACAUGCUGUAUAAGGGCACGAUGAGAACAAAAGUCGGUCGUUUUCUUCUCAAAAGUAGUGUAGAGAUGAUUAAACAUUGUAUUUUUAGAUGCAUGCUUUUUGGAUGCACACAUUGUGAACAAAAACUGAGCACAGCGCCUUCCAGGGAACCUUACAUUUAAAAAAGGUGAAGUUAUAAAUGUCAGCUGCAUGGCUGAAAACAGGACCUAAUAUGUGAUCAUUGCACACUUCCCUAGUGAAAUAAAAAAUAUCGUUUAGGUGUCACUUUGACUCUGUAGCUCCCGCACAUGAUCAAUUCAGUUUAAGUAAAAACCUUCUCAAGACAUCAAUGCAUCUUUUGAUAUGCAUUUUCUUGAAAUCUUGCUUUAAAUUGAAUAAUUACAGGACCUGUUUUUCAUUAAGUAUUAAGGUUAUGUUUCUACAAGUACUAAAAUAACCUCUCCCUAUUGUAGGAUCAGUAGUUAUUAGUUCUGAAUUUUAGAUAACGGAUGUUAACACAUAGUGACCAAACAUUAGAAAGCUGUUUGUAAGAUCGUUAAUGUUACAGUAAAAUUGGAUUCAGUGUUGUGUAAAUCAUGUUUUUAUCACAGUAUCUGUUUGAGCCUACUUUUUUCUUCCUCAUCUAGUCUCAUUUUACAGUAAAUACCACUAUUCUUUCCACUAUUCAUCUUUUGUACUCAAGCCUGUCCAUAUCUGUUUUAUACUAUUAUAUUCUCUUACUGUACUGUAUUUCAUGAUGAUACCUACAUUUAUUUGGUCUCGUGUUUAACCUAGAUUUUGUCUUCUCCUCUGUUGUAUUCCAUUGUUCCUUUUGAAUUGAGCCUGGUUUGCAGCCACACAAAUUCAUUCCAUAAUAACAAACAGUUGUAACUUGUGCUUACAUUGAGCCUGGUGUAGUAUAACACCAGAAAGACUUCAAUGGCAAUAGUUACUCAGCAUUGCAUGCUAGCUGUGUAGGUAAUGGCAUUUCCUGUAAUAUUAAGUGUUUUGUUUGCACCAACUUCUCCACCUUAAUGGCCCUGCCUUUGACAUCACUCUGUGAUCUUAUGACAAUGCCUUCACACUUAAGUGGCGUUUUGUUGUGCGAUAUUUCCCAUUGUAUUACACGCAGUUGCCUUGUCUUUUCAUGUAACUUUUUAAAAAUAUAAAAUUUCUGUUUGAUAUGUGUGAAUGUGUAUAUGUUUAAAAACUUUACUUAGCCUAAGCCCUUCCCCUUUGGCUGUAUCAAAAGAUAAACAAAUAAAUAAAAUACCAAAUACAAACCA